CCAGCCUUGAGCUGCGCUUGCGGCCAGGCUGGGGAACAGCUCCACGCUCCCUAACCGGGAAGCCCCUGGGUAGGCUGAGGUUCUGCUGUCAUCCAUAUAUGGGCAUGCCCCAAACUCGGCCUUCUGAUUGGCUGCCAGCUCCAUGCAUAUGUCUGUCAACAAAUGGCUGGAGCAGGCGCGGGGGGAGGGAUCAAAGGCCCCUAUUGUAUUGUAGGGACCGGCGGGCCUGAGUAAUGGGGGCGCUGCCCCUUUAAGGACCAGGAGCCCCCUGGCAGCUGAGCUCGGGGGUCCUGGGGGGGCAGAUGCCGGGACUGCCCAGCCCAGGGUGGCUCCGCUGCGGAUCCCCCCCCCGCCCCUCCGCAGGCUGCGCUGCAACUUGUGGCUGGCCGGGCCCCGGCAGGGAGCAGGCGGAUCGGACCCCGCCUUGGGGCUCGGGUGGCUCCGAGCCAGUGAAGAUCUCAGCGUCCGGCACCAGAGCGCCAUGAGCUAAGGGGGCACCGCUUGUGCCAUGAGCCCGGGAUGGAUCAGAACACCUUCUCGCACAUCCAGCUGUGGUGCCCACGGCCCUUCGGCACCUACUCCCAGAACAAGCCGUGCGGCGGCAGCCCAGUGAAGAAGCCCUUUGGGGACUUUGCCUGCAGAACCAAGGAGGAGGAGGACAGCGGGGAGGCCUGCUCUGAGAACACCCCGCCCGCCCCGGCCCCGCCGCCUCCCUUGGUCUCCCCCAGCCCCAGCCAGGGGGAGGAGGGCCGGGUGCUGCUGGACACCUGGUACGUCAUCAAGCCAGGCAACACCAAGGAGAAGAUCGCCUUCUUCGUGGCCCACCAGUGCAGCAGCAGCAGCCGCGCCAGUACCAUGAAGGUCAAGGGCAAAUGGGGGAGUGACAGCUCCAAGGCCAAGCGCCGGCGGCGCUCGCAUGACCCCAGCAAGGGCAAACCAUGCCUGGGGAAGGACAAGGACGGCAGCAAGGAGGCAGAGGAUGUGUACCUGUGCCCGGAGGCCCACGCUGAGCCGGGCGGCGACACGGACCUGCUCUCCGUGGCCGAGAUGGUGGCCCUGGUGGAGCAGCGGACGGCGCUGGCUCUGCAGAGCUACUCGCGGCCUUGUCCCGGGGGGGCGCCUCCGGCCCCGGCCUCCCCUGUGGUGUUCCUCUCCGCGGAGCAGGAGCAGGCGGACGGGGAGAAGAAAGUGGCGGGAGGUGGGGGAGGCCAGGACUGCAGCCGGGUGGCGGAGGCGGUGGCCCAUUUCGAGUCGCAGCAGGAGGAGCGAAGCGUCCUGCGGCAGAACGGGCUGUGCCCCGAGGCGACCGAGUGUGUGGCCAACUCCCAGCAUAGCCCCGGCGAGGUGCGCAUCGCCUUCCGCAUCUCCAGCAGCCGGGACCCCCGCUCGCCCCCCGAGGUGGGCUCCGGUGCCCGCCCCAACUGCAUGUUCAUGAGCUGCAGCACCGGGGGCUCCACCACCGGCUCUGGCGCCCAUACCAAGGACAAGAUCACCUGCGACCUCUACCAGCUGAUCAGCCCCUCCCGCGACUCCCUGCCCAACAAUGUAGACUUCCUGCUGUCCAGUGCCGCGCCCAAGGGUGACGGGGCCAGCGAGCCGCCCGAUUUGGAGAUGAGCUGCCGCGAGAGCCAGGCCUUGCCAGGCAAGCUGGACGCCGGCCCCGAAGGUAGGGCCGGGGAGAAGCUGGGGGGAACAGCAGCAACGCCCCGGGACUGCGUGGCCGGCUUCCAUGUGGAUGUGGUGGUGACGGGCGUGGUGGAUCAGUGCGUCUUCUUCGGCAAGGACAGCACCAAGAACAUGAAGGAGGAGACGGUGUGUCUGACGGUGGGGACCCCCACCCCGGACGGGCUGUGCUCCGCCUGCGAGGAUCCACCCCCUGGCCAGCUUUUCUUCCUUCACGCCCAGGCCCCCCGGCCCGAGGACACCCGGGAGGCUGCCAGUUCCCUCCUGGACAGCAAGAACAACAGUGAGGGGGGCACGGAUGGGCCCGGGCUGGAGCCGGCGGCCUCGGAUACCUCGCUGUGCCGCCUCUACCGGCACGUCUCCCACGACUUCCUGGAGAUCCGCUUCAAGAUCCAGCGCUUGCUGGAGCCCCGCCAGUACAUGCUGCUGCUCCCCGAGCACAUCAUGGUGAAGAUCUUCAGUUACCUCCCCACCCGGUCGCUGGCCGCCUUGAAAUGCACCUGCCACUACUUCAAAUCCAUCAUCGAGACGUUCGGCGUGCAGGCCACGGACUCCCGCUGGAACAGGGACCCGCUGUACCGCGACGACCCCUGCAAGCAGUGCAAGAAGCACUACGAGAAGGGGGACGUGUCUCUGUGCCGCUGGCACCCCAAGCCCUACCACCACGACUUGCCUUACGGACGCUCCUACUGGAUGUGCUGCCGGCGCACAGACAAGGACACGCCGGGCUGCCGGGUGGGGCUGCACGACAACAACUGGGUGCUGCCCUGCGACAUGCUGAGGGACCGAGCAGCCAGGCGGGAGGAUGGGAGGUGAGGUGGGGCGGACGGGCGCUGGGGCGGGAGCCCACGAGGUCUCGUGUGUGUGUGUGUGUGUGUGUGCGCGCGUGUGUGGUUUGGUUUGUUUGCCUGGCUGUCUGGUGCUGAUCUCAGCUGCAGCCCAUCGCAAGAGAAAUUGAUUCACCCACCUGCAAAACUAUACAGAGCCGGGGCCAGAUCGCCUCCUCCCUCAGCCGCUCCAGCCCCACCUGCCUGCCUUGGGCAAGGGGUCCUUGCUGUGCCCCAGCAAUGCAGGUCGUUGGUGGCUCUGGGGGGAGCGGCUGUGAAUUCUCCUGCUAGCCGCCUACCCUUGUGUCCAGCCCCUCUCAUCCGCCGCUCCUACCUGCUUGGUGAGCACUGUUAGAUUAUCAUCAGUGGAUUCACCCCCAAUCUCCUUCCCCAGCCCCUGUUGCCGGAGCAGAGCUCUCCUCAGCCCAGCUCUGUCCUGCCAGCGGGCACGUGGCAGCCCCUGGCGACCGGAGGGAGCACGUGAUCGGAGCCAGGCUCUGCCGUCUGAAGCUGUGAAACCCCCACUGCCACUAGGGCCCGCUCCUGCCAUGCCCUCGUUUGGGGACACCACAGCUCGUGUAAUCGGUGAUUAGCCCUGCCAAGAGAGGGCGCUCUGCUCCCGGCCCCGCAGGCUGGCACGGCGAGCAUCACGCCGGCUGGGGGUCCCGUUUCCAAUCCGAGCCGCUUACACGAACACAUAUCGGGGGGCAAGAAAUCAGCCUCUGGGGGGGGAGAGGGAGAGGGGCAGAGGGCCCACUGCUGCUUGGUAGAACCUGUCAAGCCGAGGCCGGCCACCUCCAUCCGCGGCUUGCUGGGGCUCAGAGCCAGCCAGUGGGUCACAGCAGCAAGGGAGCUGGGGGUGGAGGGGAUCCCCAUCCCUCCCUGCUGGCACCCCUCCCAAAGAAAGUGCCCCCUUUGUCCCCAUCCCUGCCUACAUGCAGCAGCCUCUCCGGAGCGAUUGGCAGUUUGCCGUGACCGUGAGUUUCUUAGCAUGGUGGCCACCAAUUGACUUUGCCGAGCUGCUGAGACUCCUGGGUUCUCAACAAGAGGGAGUGGCGUCUGCUGGCCUUCCUCCAGCCAUUGGCUGGUCCCUCCCCUUCUAGCCGUCACCCUGCCUCUCUGCCCCCUGGGGUCCUGAUCCCCUCCCCCUACACAUGGCCUUAUCCCUUCAUUGUUCCAGCUCCAGCCGGGGGCUGGGCUUCCAUCAGCAGGGUCGGGGGAGUGGGGGGCUUCUCCCCUAGCUGUUGAUCAUUCCUCCGUUUUGCAGCCUUUUCAUUUGAACCCACAAAACUUAUCCUCUCUCCCCCCACCUGCUCCCCCACCACAAGUUGCCUUGAAAUCCUAGCCCUGGUCUCUUGGCUCACGCAUGAGUACGGUGGGGCCGGCGCCCGUUCUUGUGUCGCUGGGCUCAUGCGGUCAACGGCUGCACCUCAAUUCCCAGCUAGUGUCGUGGUCUGAAAUGAGGGCGCCAUCCCCUGCCCUCCACGUCGGGCCCAUUUGCAUCCCCCCCUCGCCCUGCCCUAAGUAGGCCGUCGGCCCGUGGUGCUCUGGUCCCCAGGUGCCGAUCCGCUUCCGGAUCCCCCAGCACGCGUACAGCUCCACCUGGUAUUUAUACGCCUGUCUCUGUGCAUGUGUGACAUUUCAAAUGACUGUUGAGUGGAAAACAAAUUAAACAGCAGAAAAACUGA